AACCGGGACGACUAAAGCCUUUGCUGCAGACCACGCCCCCUCUCAGCCAGGCCACGCCCCCUCACGUCCAGGCCACGCCCUUCAGGCACAGGCCACGCCCCGUUCGAACCCGCUGCCUUCCUCUCCCCCGACCCCCCCAAGCCGAAAGCCCAACUCGUUGCGACAGCGUCUGUCCGUUAAAGUUUGAUUCAUCUAGCAGUGUGCCCGCCUCCUCGACCAGUCCGCUUCGCCAAUUGGUUGGAGCCCAGGCUCGCCAGCGCGAUGAUGGCUGCUCCUUCGCUCUGUGUCUUCGCCCUGCUCAGUGUCGGGUUGUUAGCCGAAGCCAACAGCGAAUCGGGGACUGUGAUCCCGGCUGAAAGUCGUCCCUGUGUUGACUGUCAUGCUUUUGAAUUCAUGCAGAGAGCAUUACAGGACUUGAAAAGGACUGCAAAUAACCUAAACACUCGGACUGACGAUCUGCUGCUGCGAGUGGAAAAGCGAGCAUUAUGUGACUGCCUGCCUUCCAACCUGUUAGCCUGAUGAAUCAGAGAUGGGCCAUGAUAUUUUGCUCAGAGCCUGUUCCCAUGAAUCAUAUGACACACAAGUGAAAUAUGUUUCAAACGUUUGAGAUGAGAACAUGUUUUAGCUGGUGAUAUGCAAAGCUAACUAUUUACAGUGAAAUGUUAAAUAUAUUUCAGAGGCCUUUUUUUAAAUAAAGGCAAAUAAAUUAUUUGAUUUAUGAAGCCACUGUGUUUUGGAAUCCUUUUCCAAAACCACUUUGCCCUGGUACUGGUGUCCCUGUUUUCAAAAGCCUCCUAAAGACCUUUUUCUUUCACCAUCCCUUCAAUUUCUCCCUCCCUCCGCAAUCAAUACUUUCAAAUCAACUCCAACCCCAUCUUUCCAACUUGUCAAAAGGACAGAUGUUUCAAGGCUCCUUAGCCUUAUAUCAAUGUGACUCCUUUGUAUUCAAUUGUUGGCAAGUAGAAUGUACCUUAUUGUGUCUUUUGCUAAGAUUUAAAUAUUUAGCUGUGGAAAAUGUGGUAUUGUGCAAGGUUGACAAGUAAUUUUAUUAACAUUUAUUUGAUAUAUAUGUAUUGACGUGUUGAUCCUAAUAGUGUAACUUAUUUAACAAUUUGAAUAUGCAGUUACAGUUACUAUUUUAACUGCCUGUAUUGAAUUAAAAUUCUAUUCAUCAAAAAA